GUAGCCCGAGCCCUAGAUCCCCUUCCAGAGCAAACCUGGCAGUAAACAGGUCCCUCUCUCUCCCGCCUACUUCCACAGUUCGACAGGCUCUCGCCUUUGAUUCAAGCCCUAUCUCUCCUCUGUCUCUCUACUCAACAUGAAGCUCGUCAGGUUUUUGAUGAAGUUGAACAAUGAAACGGUGUCGAUUGAGCUCAAGAACGGAACCGUUGUUCACGGCACCAUCACAGGUGUGGAUAUCAGUAUGAACACCCAUCUGAAAACAGUGAAACUUACAUUGAAGGGGAAAAAUCCAGUAAGUUUGGAUCACCUUAGUGUGAGGGGUAAUAAUAUUCGCUACUAUAUCCUGCCUGACAGCUUAAAUCUUGAGACAUUGCUGGUUGAAGAAACACCUAGGGUGAAACCCAAGAAGCCAACAGCUGGGAGGCCUUUGGGACGUGGUCGGGGUCGUGGCCGUGGUCGUGGACGUGGUCGAGGUCGUUAAAUAUCUUGCCUUGCUUGCAAAUUUUUGUUGACAGCUGGAUGCGUAGACAGAUUUGUUGUAGGGAGAAUUUGUGGGUGAUGUUACGGACAUUAAAGGAAUUUUAUUGGCAUUUUACUAGUCUGUGUGAUUAUUAGCCUGUGUUGGAUGGCUUAAUCACGAAUUCUAAGAUUAUCGAAUGCAAUUAGCUAAAGCAGAUAAUCUUAUUUCCAGUUGUUGCUUUUAAAAAGAGAAAAAGUAAAAAUAGAAGGCAGUCUUGGAUUA